GGCUGCCUCUCGCUCGCGCCCUCCGGCUCCCCGCGCCAUGGCCAACUCGGGCUUGCAGCUGCUGGGCUUCGUGCUGACCCUGCUGGGCGUGGUGGCCAACCUGACCUCCACCAUCCUGCCCCAGUGGCGGGUCUCCUCCUUCGCCGACGGCAGCAUCCUCACGGCGCAGAGCUACCAGCUGGGCCUCUGGAUGGAGUGCGUCUGGCAGAGCACCGGGCAGCUGCAGUGCAAGGUCUACGACUCGAUGCUGUCCCUCAGCCCUCCCUUGCAGGCCACCCGGGCGCUGAUGGUGAUCUCCAUCGUUUUGGGAGUGAUUGCAGCUGGCAUCGCCGCCAUGGGCAUGAAGUGCACCAACUGCGGGGGUGACAACAAAGUCGUCAAGGCCCGCAUUGCCAUGACCGGAGGUCUUGUCUUCGUGGUCGGAGGCUUGGCUUCGAUGGUUGCUUCCUCAUGGAUGGCGCACCAGAUCAUAACCGAUUUCUACGACCCCCUUUCACCCACAAAUAAAAGGUACGAAAUGGGCCCUUCCGUCUACCUCGGCUGGGUGGGGGCAGCCUUGAUGAUGCUGGGGGGUGGGCUGCUCUCCUGCUCAUGCCCUGGAGACUCCGCGUACAAGGGCCACCAGUAUCCUCAAGCGAAGCCCAUCUCCAAGCCCCCCAGUAACCGAGAGUAUGUCUAGCUGCCCGGGCAGCUCCCAAGCCGGUUCUGAGACCCCUGUGCCGCUGCGCCUGGAACAGCCUGGACUUUGCUGCCCAUCCGGGCAUGUUGGACUCUUUCAAAUCACCUCGGCAUCCAUCCCCGCCCCCAGGUUUUUAGCCUGUUGUAUUCCUCCUCUGCCCUUUGAUUCAAUCGUUUUUUAAAAGUAGUGCUCCUGAAGGGAGGGUGGGGCAUUUUUAUCCAUUUAUGCAUUUUGCUCUGGCUGCCCAGAAUCCUGCAGAUGGAUUGGAGGUGGAUAAGUCCCCAAAUCCUCUGACCAUGCUGGCUGGGGAUUAUAGGGUUUCAAGUCCAGUGCAUCUGGAGAGGACAAGGUUGAGGAAGCUCUGGUAAGAUUUUGUGGGUGAGGACCCACCUCCCCCUUAAUAAACCUUUCUGGGCAGAUCCAAGGGCUUUCAUCUGGACCGAGACUCAUCUAGAUUCAGAUUGACACACGGAGUGAAAGAAAGACCCCAACCACUGUUAAGCUCUCCUCCCCCAAACAGCUGAGGAAUCGGCAUUUUAGGAUCUCUACUACUCUCGACCCAUGGAGCUCAAAUUGUUAAGCGGGUUCUCUUGCAGAUGUUUACAAGUCAGGGCAUCUAUUGGGCAGGGAGUACAGAUGCCUCUAUUGGCAAAUCCAAAGGGAGCUUUGACGCGUUUGCCUCGCCCAGGGAAAAGGGGUGUCCCUUCUGCGUGUGGCAGCCAAGCCAGAGACUCUAAGAGCUAACGCACGGCAUGCUGGUUGAAUUCUCCCUGGAGCCUUUUUGCCGUUUCAAAAGCUGUUUGGGCUGUGUAAAUAUGUACGUUUGCUGGGGAACACCAGAGCUAAGAGGGCAAUUUGAUUCAAGCAUAUCCCUUAAAAAAUGGAUCAAUUUUAUCCCACCCUUAAAUUGUCCCAAUAAAACGCUCCUGCUUUUACUGCUAAAUCAUACUUUUUGAAAAAUUUGCGUUGGCUAAUAUUUUCUUGCUUUGAUAGAUUUUAACUUUUUUCUUCAUUGCAUGGGGAAAGGGAUGAAUGCAAAUUUGGAUAGGAAAGGAGGUAUUUUUAGUGUAAAACUUUGCCUUAUUUAAAGCACUGAUGCCAUCGGGUGGUGUGUGCAUUUUGUGUAUUUUUUAAACAUUUGUAUUACUGGGAAUAUUUUUUGUAUAUAAUAAAUAAGACUGUUUUGGACAAAA